AUUUAUUGAAAGGCCUUUAGGAGGGUACACCUUGGGCAGUACUAGAGUCUGGCCAGGGCUGCACCCAAGAUGGACUUAGAAUGGUCACAAAAUGGACUACAGGUCACGAGGUCUUAAGACUUUUAUAAGUUUUGGUCCAUUUGCACAUUGGGGUUUAAUUCUCCAAUUACAGCUUCAGGUUGUGAAGCUUCAUCCUUCUUGUUUCCUUUCUUCAGCCCACAGCCGUUUGUACUUUUGAGCCUGAAAACUUGUAACCAUUGUCCUUGGUCUCUAGCAGGAGAAAGAUUUGUUUUGUCUCCCUACUCUGUGAAGAGAGCUCACCAGCACUUAAUGUGAGGCUCAGAACUGCACCCCUAGGCAGCACAGAAUCUGAAAGCAUGAAAGCUAAAAGUUAAGAUAUCACUGGGAUUGUGGAGAAUCAACACCAAGCAGCAGCCCUGGUGCUUGGCAGGGGCCUGGGAUGUGCAGUCCAGACUCUUGGCUUCAUUUGUCUGCUUCUGCUGCAGGUAACCUGGCAGGGGAACUCGUAAAUCACAGACCAUACCAUGAGACACCUCCUGGAACAGGACUCAAUUCGAGCUGCAGCAAAUCCUAUUGCUACAUUUACAAACCCUUCAGCAAAACCCUUGGAAAAGCAAAAGUGAUGUGUGAGGACCUGGAGCUCCAGGGGACUGAGAAAAAGGUGAGCAACAAGCAGCCAGCAAACAGCUUCCACUGCUUCUCACUCCAGCAGUGGCAGCUUCUCUGGAAUUUCAUGUCUAAUGUGUUCUUCAAGCUCAACAGGUGAACACACAGGUACUCCAGGACUGAUUUCCUUUGGACCUCAAGCAGCACAGACCCUCCGGAAGGAAAUGGGAUCCAAGGGCUGAUGUCAAAAACUGUCGUUCCACUUGCACUCUUCCCACAUUUUCUCCUUUCAGGGGGAUGCAGGUCCCAGUCCCAGAUGGCAAAACUGCCUUUGAACGUAAUUCAAAACCUGCCUGAAAAGACCAAGACUCCAGGAGCCAGCAGCCAUUUCUCCUGGCUUUUCUGCUUCCAGGUGUUUUAAUUCUGCUUUGCUUCAGAGGUGCUUUUCUACCAAGGUGAUUUCCAUAUUUUUUAUCUUGAACAAAGUUUUAAAAAUCUGAGCUUCAUUAGUUCAUAUUUUGAUUACUCUUGAAGUUUUCCAGAGCAGCACUUGCCAUGACCCCGCUGGUUCAAGGAAACCCUCUGGUCUGCCCCAACCCUUUAUAUCCCACUUUCCCUGGUCAGUAUUCCCAGGAACAGAACACACAACUCACCAUGGACACGUUCAAAGUGCAGUUUCAUGCCUGGAGGUGACAGACCAGACAAAGCAACACCAAAAACCAGGGGGACAUGGGACUGGCAGUGCUGGGGCAGCAGUUGGACCUGGUGGUCCACAGGAACACCUGAACAGGUCCUGGCAGGGGCACAGCAUGGCCACCAGGUCCUGCAGCACAGCUUCUUGUGCUUCAGAGCUUCUGGUUUUUGGUACAGAUUCACUGGAAUUUUACCUCAUAAAAAUCAUUUGGCAGGACUUAACCCAGGAGUUCCAGGGCAUCACCUGUAUGUAAUCCCAGUCAGUUUAACUGGGGUUUGGGGGGAAAAAAAUGCUUUAACGGUGUGAUCAAACAUCUGUAGAUGCCUGUCAGGAUAGGGCAGCAGACCGGGUGUGUUAAUAAAAAUGACAGAAAUUAUUUAUUGAAUUCGAACAAGGACUAAAAGACCUUAAUUAAUCACUCCAAUGCAUAGGAGCUGUACGUGCUGCUGCAGGGCACCCUGUGUGAAGGAAUAUUGGAGCAAUUAUCAGAAUUAUCAGGACAAACUUUUACUGACCCAGAACAACAUCCAGGGGAGAAUCCCCAUCUCUGUCCAGAGCAGUGACCUGGGAGGUGUCUGCCUCAGAGGGGCUCUACAGACUGUUGCCCACACGCGGCCCUUGACUGACACUAAGAUGUCCAGAACAGAUGUAGGUCUGCUUCCCCCACCGGCUGCUGCUCCAUUUUUCUCUAUAUUUGAUGAAUCCUCCACUUUGACAAACCAGAGUACAAGUUGUUCAGCAGGUGGCAGCCGGAGAAGUGCCCGUCUCCCUCUGGCUGUCCGUGAGCCUGUGGAUCCUCUGAGUGCCAAGGAGGACACAGCAGCAGCAGGAGCCUGUGAUGAGCUGAAUGGGAUUGAACGUUUGUCUGAGGAUGCGAUUGUGACAGGCUCCUACAAGAACAAGACCCUUUGUGCCAACCCAGAGGACACGUGUGACUUCAACAGGGCUGCCCACCUGGCCUCAACGCCCUUUCACGGGGCGGCAGCUCAGAGAGUCUCAGCUCCUGCCUUCUCUCAGAGCGAGCUGAAGGAGGACAGCCCAGAGUGCAAGGGUGCCCCUCUGAGCCAGGAGACGCUGGUGUGUGAAGGAGCAUACGCUGAAGCUCUCAGUGUAAAAAAACUGAGGUAAUGAACGGUGAAGGACCUUCAGGCCCUUCUGCUGCACGUCUUUCAUGUUGAGGUUUUAGUGUAGGUAAGGCAGGGGUUUUGAGAAAAGCCCAGAAUAUCCUGGAGAGAGCCAUGUCUUAAGCUCAGGGUCCACUUUGCCUUGAGCAGAUAGAAGAGGUAACAGAAAGCCCACUUGGCUUUUCAGCAUUACUGCUGUGGGACUUAAGUACAAGGUUUUUUAACCAAAUAACUUGCAGAGAAAUUAAUAAAUGCAUUCUGUCUUCAUUAUCAAGCAUGAAAAGCAGAAUCACCUGUUCUUUUGUACUUGUAGAGAGAAAGUGAUUUAUGGGAGUGAGCAUCAUGCCAACACAGCCUUACAGUUCACGGAGCCACUUUUAGGGUCAAACUAUUUC